AGGCGUGUCCUCAAUCAAACUCGCUCCUCCCACCUUAUAUCUUCUGAUGUAACACAAACUUGCAGUGAAAGAAAUACAAAGAAAGAAGGACUAGAAUUCAACUACAGUCAUGUCUUUGAGGCUAAAGACUCCUUUACUAGCACCACACAGGCUCCUGUCCAUGAUAAGAUGGUCUUCAAGCGCUGCAGCAGUUGCCACUGAACACAAGGAACAACCAAGACUCAAGACAUUCCUUGUUUACAGAUGGAAUCCAGAAGUGAAAGGGUCAAAGCCUAAGAUGCAAGAGUAUAAAGUUGAUCUCAACCAGUGUGGUCCGAUGGUCCUUGAUGCUCUCAUAAAGAUUAAGAAUGAAAUUGACCCCACACUGACCUUUAGACGAUCGUGUAGAGAAGAUUACAAACACCUACAGUCAAUGGAGGACAGAGCAAAACUGGAUGGGUUGUAUGAGUGUAUAUUAUGUGCCUGUUGCUCCACCUCCUGCCCCUCCUACUGGUGGAACCCUGACAAGUAUCUUGGACCAGCUGUACUGAUGCAGGCAUACAGAUGGAUGAUAGACAGCAGGGAUGAAUAUCGCUCAGAGAGACUAGCUAAAAUAUCGGAUCCUUUUUCAGUCUUUCGCUGUCACACCAUCAUGAACUGUACAAAGACCUGCCCUAAAGGUCUUAAUCCUGGACGUGCUAUUGCAGAGAUAAAGAAAAUGCUAGCAACAGCAAGUUAAAAGACUUAUAAAGAUUACAGAAAUACAACUACAGUACAGUAUUAUUAGUUAAUAUAUCUGUAUAUUGGUAUUAAUAUUACUAUUUUCAUGUAUUCAUUACUAUUAAUAUUUAUAAUGAGUAAUUAAUUAGUUUAAUGUGUUAUGUUCAGAUAACUACAGGCUGAAAAAUUGUUCAA